AUGUUUGGAGUUAGCUUGUUAAUGUGUGGUUUCGUUUGUUUGGUGAAAUCACAAAAUCAAUUCCAGCAAUUUCAAUCAUAUCCUUACGGGACAAGCUAUGCUAGUAUCUAUGGUAAACAGCCCAUUAUAGCUACACCCGCAAGCUCUUAUAACCAAGUUCACAAUACUGUGCAAAAUCCCUAUAUAUACCCUGAAACGCCCUCAAUAGCUAACAAUUUAGAGGGAAUCUAUUUGAACAAAAUACUUUCAAAUCCCGCCAUCCAGGCUUUCAUAGAUCCUGGUACGAAGAUUUAUAAUCAAAAUGGCAUAGAAAUAUCAGAUCUAGUUCGACCAAGAACUUCUAAUGUGGUCAAUAACUAUUUUAUUGUUCCAACUGAUUACUUAAAGACGAAUGAAAGCAGACCGUUUUUGAAAAAUACACGACAUAAAAAUCAAAAUAAUUAUUAUAAUUCAUACCCAAAGAGAUAUUUAAGGAACGAACAGGUUAAAAGUACAGGAGAGUUUAAAAGUGAUGAUAAAACAAGGCCAAGAUAUAGAAAAAAUCAGCAGCUAAAUCCACAAUGUAAAGACAAUGGGGUGGGUAAAAAGCAAAAGACGUUAGAUGAUCCAGAGGUCAUAUUUGGUGACCUGAGUGUUAGAAGCAAUAAACAACGUGAUAGCAUUAAAAGAGAAGAUAAAAUGUCUACUCGGCAACAUUCUGAAAAACCAUCAAAGACAAGCAAUAAUAUAAACUAUGAUGACGAAAGACUGGUAACAAAAAAUAGUAAAGACAGACGAUUGAAUGAUGGGCCAAAAGCCCAAUUUGAGAGUAAUUUAAAUGAAUGUGAUGAAGCGUUUUAUAUAAGUGAAGAAUGUUGUGAAUUGGAUAAGAGAAAUCCUCGCAAUCCCGUCAACAAACCGGUUAAGAAGAAAAGUCAAACUAAAUCUACAAAAAAUCAGAACGAUUUCAUGAAUAACUGGAUGAACUAUGUAAAAAUGUUUAUGCCCGAUCAAAAUAAUGAUUCUGUAGACUUUUCACAGAUUAAAUUUCCAUAUAAUUUUGAUCAAAUAUCUAAUUUUAAUAAUAUUAAACCACAAGUAAGUAAAUCAAAUAAAAGAAAUAAAAAACGAAAAGAAAAAGAAAAAGAACAUCAAGUAUUAGAGAUAUUCAAUAAAACUGGCUCAACUAAGAAAGAUAAAAAUAAAAUAGUAGAACUGUCUCCGAAGUUCAUCGAAGUAGAAGAAAAAAAAGAACCCGUUAAAAUAAAUAAAGUGACUAGCUCGAUUCCAGAGUCAUCAACGGAAACAUCUGAAAAGGUUGCAAAUAAACAAAAACCAUUAUUAAUAAAUUCUGACAUCAGUGUGGAAGAAGUACCCAAUAUGUAUCAAAAUGAGAUAAUAGAUUACUACCCAGACUUUAAAAGUGAUGCAAUAUAUACUACAGAUGAAGAUGACUUGUAUUUCUUCCAUAACAGGCACUACUAUAACACCGAAGAGGCACUCAAUCGUGAAAGACGAAAAUACGAUCGAAGUGAAGAAAACUCCAAUCAAUCUGGAAGGAAAAGCGGCAACGAUAUUCCUUCGUAUAAAAAAAGCAAUACAAAAGAUAAAAUGGAAGAUCAAUUCCGGACUCCUCCGGGUUUGAGUGAUCCAGGAUUUCAAACAAGAAAAAUAAGUGUGAAAGAUAAGACUGGUUUUUAUUCAUAUCACAUUGAUGACAAAGAUUCAACAAAUUUUAUACCACUGGAAAAAGACGACAAUAGCAUCGAAACAGUCUAUGCCCGUUCUAAAGUUGUUAAAUACGGUAAACCUAGAGAGGUUGAAAAACAUAAAAUAGAUCCUGAUCAGGAAAAUAGGAACGAAAGACGUCGAAACGUUUAUUCUAAGGACGGCGAAACAACUAUUGUUUUUUCUAAAGCAUGGAUUCCGGACAAGAGUGUAAAGUAA